AUGGACACCCUAACAACCCCCCUCAAACCCGUCAAGCGCACAACCUCCAGCGCCUUCGACGUCACCCGCAAAAGAACUCUCAAAGAAGCCGGUCUCCGCACCGAAGAGCACACCAACAUGGUCGGGAUCUACCUCGACAUCGACCCCUGGACAAACCCCCAGGACCCCGAGGACGUCAUUCUAGCAUCUAGACGGGAACUAGAGCGCAGAAUGACAGUGGCUGAGGCACGUUACGCGAAUCCACGGGGUAAGCCUCCGAACCACCGGAUCAGGGUGUAUUGGGUGUUUCCGUCUGAGGCGCAGACGGCGGAGGAGGUGUUCAAGGAGGCGUGGAUUUAUAAUAUGGCGUUUGAGGAGAUACUUGAGAGGGGGAAGGUGUUUGGAUUUCCGGUGUUGUUGGAUGGGUGUUGUGUGGUUGAUAUUCUUCGGACUGAGAAUCGUGGGAAGAUGGAGAAUGUUUCUGUGGCGGAUGUUGGGCAUUGUUCUUGGGAGGAUUUUUUGUCGAAGAUAACCCGGGGACUUAUGUUGGGUUUUAGGUGGGUGACGGGACUACUGUGCGCUCAGACUCCUUCGUAUUCGCUCGACAGUUGCGAGUAA